CCUCUCAGACUGUCAUUGCAACAGCUGGGUUAAAGGAAGUGCCUGUCCGUCCAGUUUACCGAAGUGUGCAUUAUAAGGCAGCCCUGUGAGAGUACCGUGUCUGUUAGCCGCGUGUGCGUGUGUGUGAUACGAUGAGGGGUUUCUUCAGGGGAGUGCUGCGGGCCCAGAGGCUCUGGGUGCAGGGUGGAGGCCCAGGGUGGGGUGCUGGUUACUGUCACUGGAGGCCCAUCCACUCCUGCUCUGCACUGGUCUACCGAAGGCAUGGACCAGACCUAGACCAGCUCAGGAUGGAGCAGUGGGACUUUCAAGCGAUUGGUCCACACAGUGUAAGAUUGCAGAUGCUUGCUGCGCCCGUCAAUCCUGCAGACAUAAAUAUGAUGCAAGGAACCUACCCCAUUCUCCCAGAAUUCCCAGCGGUGGGUGGGAAUGAGGGGGUGGGUGAGGUGGUGGAAGUGGGCGAUGAGGUCACCUCGGUGCGUGUAGGUGACUGGGUCUUACCUGUGGAUGCUGGGUUUGGAACCUGGAGGACGGAGGUUGUGUGUGAGGCCACAGAGCUGUUGAGGGCCCCCAGGGAUGUGUCUCUGCUGGGGGCCGCCACCAUCGCAGUCAAUCCCUUUACGGCCUAUAGGAUGCUGCACGACUUCCAGCAACUCAGGCCUGGGGACACGGUGAUUCAGAAUGGAGCAAACAGCGCAGUCGGACAGGCAGUAAUCCAAAUUGCUGCGGCGCUAGGCCUGAGGACCAUCAACAUCGUCCGAAACAGGCCAAACUAUGAGGGCCUCUCUGCAGAUCUAAAGGCCAUGGGAGCAGACUAUGUCAUUACAGAGGAGGAGCUGCACAGGACAGGGCUGGGCCUCAUAUUACAGGAAGUGCCAAAGCCCAGGUUGGGUCUGAACUGUGUCGGGGGCCUGAGUGGAGGUCUGGUGCUGUCCCAUCUGGACUCUGGCGGGACUCUGGUGACAUAUGGUGGUAUGGCCAAGAAGCCUCUUCAGAUCCCGGCAAAAUCUCUUAUAUUCAAAAACAUCUCCCUAAAAGGAUUCUGGAUGACCCAGUGGAAAAGAAACAACCGAAAAGAUCUGCACCUGCUGCAGUCUGUGGUAGAUGCCCUCUGUGCCAUGCUAAGGAGUGGUCAGCUCACCCCUCCCAGAUGUGUCCUGGUCCCGUUCCAGCAGUACGCACAAGCCAUACAGGCCACUGUGCAGCCUCACCAACCCAAACAAGUGCUGCUCAUGCAGUGAAGAUGCACACACACACUCCAAGUCUCUCUCUAAACACACACACACACACACACUCCCACAAGUACGCACAUACACACACACACACACACACACCGACACACUCGCUCUCUGAACACACUCCCACACACACUCAUACAUACACGUGCACAGACUCACACUCACCCAUGCACAAUUAUAGUCAUGUGGGAGGCAUCAGUUUGGUGUGAUGUGUCACAGUCACCCAAUGGUCAGAUGAUAUGUAAUUACAGAUUUAUUUACAAAAACAAUUGUAGUGGUCAUUCUCAAAGCAUCAGAUACGGUACAGUCCAGUACAGUACAUAUGGGAUACACUUAAUAACAAAACUAUUCACAGUGUCAACUUGUAUUGUCUGUAUGUAUAUGUAUAUAAAAAUCAUCUGAUUGAAAAAAUAUUCAUUCAGUAAGCCAACCCAACCACUGGGGUGUCUUCCCUUGCACUGAAGAUUUAGAUUUUAAAGCAAAAACAAUUCCCUCCUUUGAAAAGUACCUUGUGGGACUCCGUAGUAGUUGUCCGCUAAGCGCUGACUUGGAAACUCUGAUUUGGGUUGACACAUCCCAUAAUGACUCUGCGUGGAGGCAGGUCGGUUGCCACAGAAACAGACGGUCACCAUUGUUGUGGGGGGAAAAAAGGGUUGCGACACCCCACGUCAGGUUUAUAAAAAUACCCCUGAUUCACAGCAAAAAAAAAAAAAAAAGUCCACUUCUGGUCCAGUACCUUCAAAUUCCCUGGAAACUGCUGCGCAAGUCCUCAGAUAGAGGCAGCUAUCUGAGCUUCUUCCACUGGCUAGCGCUACAUUUGGCAGUGGGUGUUUAAGA